AUGUCGCAAGCCUCUCAUCCGACUCUGAUCAACCUCCCCCCGCCGGGGUCGAAUCCCGAAACGCCGUCUGAGAUGCCAGGGACGCCCACCAGCACGACGACGUCACUGUCCGCGCUGUCUACGACUGCUAUCAAGGACGGCCAUCGAGGCCACUUUGCUUCCGGCCCGCUAGGUCGCGGGCAUCAACACAAUCCGUCCACCACCAGCCUCGAGGCCGAACGAGCAGACCGAAUAUCGCGCCUCGCUGGGCUUGAGCGAGUGUCGACGCUCCGUCCCGGCCCCGUGCCUGCCGGGGAAGGAGGCGGAGGGGGAGGAAGAGCAGCAGCAGCAGGAGGAGGAGGGGGAGGAGGAGGAGGAGGAGGAGCAUCUUCCCUUUCUCCCCAGACCACUCCCACGUCAACAACGGGGGUCGGGUUUCCACCAAACUUCCCGACCACGCACAACCUGACGCCCUCAUACUUCGACAGCAAUGGCCAGCCGGUUGCGGUCACCAAGAUGAGCACCGUUGGCUCAGCGAGCGCCACGGAGAGUCACGUUGGCGACGACAACCGGACGACUGCCGGAGAGCGCGACGAGGACAUGUGUAGCACCGACACCAACUACCGCGAGGCCGACUCGGUAGCCAGCAUGGGCGCUGAGCCUGAUGCCAUGGACGAAGACAUGGACAUGAUGGCGACUCGAUCUCUCGGUGGCUACGAGGAUAGGAUGAGCGACGACGGCUCCGCGUCCCUCGUGGGAUUCGGCGAAGGCGCCGGCAGCACCGUCUCUGGCCCCAUCUACCACCGCCGCCCGCCUCCGGGGGCGUCGGCCGCGCACCAAGCGUGGAACCUGGAGCGGACAAGCUCGGGAAUGAGCGAUUACCGCAGGGACAGAGACACCCCGACGAGCGGCGGCGACACACCCAUGAGCGCCUCUGCCGUCCAGGAAAGACGAGAUGCUCGGAUGAUGGAUGGGGUUGCUGCUGAUGCUCCGCACCGUGGAAUGCUCACAGAACAAGACAACUUUGUAGAUACCACUUUCCGUGGGCCUCUUCCCACAGCAAGACACCCCAACAACAGGGAGUCUGCUGAGAGAAUUGUCCAGCCGCUGGACAGGGGCGAGGCUGGAGCAGGUCCAUCAGGGCUCGGAAACCCAGGGAUCGGAGGGCAGCCCCUCGGCAAAUUCUACUUUGAAGGAGAUAAGCGAGACGAUUGA